AAAGGAGGUUAAAGAGAAGGAGCUGAAUCUCCCACUUUUGAUAAGUACCAUCUGACAUUCAAAGCCAAAGAAAAGAAAUCUAAGCAGAAUGAUCCAAAGACAAUACCUGUAAUGCCCAUUACUUCACAGCCUGUCACAGGCUUCAUAAUCCACAGUGAGAAGCCCACAAUUCUAGAUUUAUAGAUAAUUCCAAGCAUCCCCAUGUGAAAUUCUUCCUUUUUAGCUCACCAGCUCUGGCUGUUCUGCUUUGUUCUUCUGCUUAUUUUCUCUGCUCUUCCCCUGAACCAAACUGUCACUUUCCUGAGAAAAUCCUGCUCAAAUUUUCUAGCCUCCAAUCAUGUGGGAUUCAGAGAAUGAGUCAGUUGGAGGUAGAGAUUACAACAGUGGAGUACUUACUUCUAGCAAGAACAGUGUCAAAACUGAUGGGUUUGAGCAAAGAGGCCAAUCUUGGUAUGUUUCAACUGAUAUUCCAAGUGAUUUUUUAGUUCUAAUUGGAGAUGUUAGUUUCCACUUGCACAAGUAUCCCCUCCUUUCUAGGAGUGGAAAGAUGAACAGAAUCAUAUACGAAUCACGCGACAUAGACUUGAACCGGGUAGUUCUAGAUGAUCUUCCUGGUGGGUCGGAAGCUUUUGAGCUAGCAGCAAAGUUCUGCUAUGGAAUUGCACUUGAUCUAACAGCAUCCAAUAUCUCUGGCCUGAGAUGUGCAGCAGAGUACCUUGAAAUGACAGAGGACUUAGAAGAAGGCAAUCUUAUAUUCAAAACCGAAGCGUUUCUCAGCUACGUGGUUUUAUCAUCAUGGAGAGAUUCAAUUUUAGUACUUAAAAGCUGUGAGAAGCUGUCACCAUGGUCAGAAAACCUCCAGAUUGUACGAAGAUGCAGCGAGUCCAUUGCAUGGAAGGCUUGUGCCAAUCCGAAAGGAAUAAGAUGGGCAUAUACCGGAAAACCCCCAAAUGUUUCUAGUCCAAAAUGGAAUGAAAUGAAGGACUCAAGCCCCAGUAGGAGCCACCAAGUUCCUAGUGAUUGGUGGUUUGAAGAUGUGUCAAUUCUUAGGAUCGAUCACUUUGUUCGUGUCAUCACUGCAAUUAAGGUUAAGGGGUUGAGAUUUGAGUUGAUUGGAGCCGCCUUAAUGCACUAUGCAGCUAAAUGGCUCCCCGGAUUGAUAAAAGAUGGGACAACAAUGGUUGAUGAAGGAAGCAAUGGUGGUGGUAACAGUAGUUGGAAUGGAGGGCUUCAUAUGAUUGUGGCUGGAACUAAAGAUGAGACAUCCAAUGUUCAGGCCAAAGAUCAAAGAAUGAUCAUUGAGAGUUUGAUAAGUAUAAUACCUCCACAGAAGGACACUGUUUCGUGCAGCUUCCUUCUUCGGCUAUUGAGAAUGGCAAACAUGUUGAAAGUGGCUCCUGCUUUGGUUAUGGAGUUGGAGAAACGCGUGGGAAUGCAGUUUGAGCAGGCUACAUUGGGGGAUCUUAUGAUACCAUCUUAUGGUAAGAGUGAGACUUUGUAUGAUGUUGAACUUGUUCAGAGGCUUUUGGAGCACUUUGUUGUUCAAGAGCAGAUGGAAAGUUCGAGUCCAGGCAGACAAUCUUUUUCGGAUAAGCACAUGUAUGAAGGAACUCAAAGGGCUUGUAAUCCAAAUGCCAAGAUGAGAGUUGCAAGGCUUGUUGACAGUUAUCUUACAGAGGUGUCCAGAGAUAGAAAUCUCUCUUUGACAAAGUUUCAAGUCCUGGCAGAGACUCUGCCGGAUUCUGCAAGAACUUGUGAUGAUGGAUUAUAUCGAGCCAUUGAUUCUUAUCUUAAGGCUCAUCCAACACUCUCAGAGCAUGAAAGGAAGAGGCUAUGCCGUUUGAUGGACUGCCAGAAGCUGUCAAUUGACGCGUGCAUGCACGCUGCACAAAAUGAACGCCUCCCUUUAAGAGUAGUGGUGCAAGUCCUCUUCUCUGAACAGGUAAAAAUAAGCAAUACACUAGCCAAUACUUCCCUGAAAGAAGCCGGUGAAUCCAACUACCAGCCUAUGAUAUCAAACCGAAAAACAUUACUUGAAGCAACCCCCCAGUCAUUUCAAGAAGGAUGGGCUGCGGCCAAAAAGGACAUCAACACUCUUAAGUUUGAGCUCGAGACUGUCAAGGCUAAGUACCUAGAGCUGCAAAAUGACAUGGAGAACUUGCAGAGACAAUUCGAUAAGAUGGCAAAGCCAAAACAAACAUCAGCAUGGACCAGUGGGUGGAAAAAAUUGAGCAAGAUCACCAAGAUGACAGCUUUAGAAACUAAUGAUAUUGGUUCUCAUAUCCCAAAUGCAGAACAAACAAGAAAGAUGCCCAGAAAGUGGAGGAAUUCCAUUUCUUGAGAAUUAAGGAAUUCAUAUAUGGAGAAAGAGAUCAUUAGAAAAGGGGAUAUUUUUAUCUACAUUCAAUUCCAUAUUCCAAAAAGCAUUUUUUUUAAAAUUUUUUUUAUAGCAAUUACUUGAGAAAGUAGCUUCAGUUUGUUACCCAUUAAUCUGUUUUGAUCAUGUUUUUGGUGAGUGAUUUUCUCUGUACUUUUUAUCAUUGUUCAAGAGUGCUUUGUUUCAAUUUGGACAGACAAGUAGUGUUAAUAUGAUCUGAGUUUUGCAAUUGA